AAAUGAGUACAGGAUAACCAAAGUCUUAAAAAAGAAUAGUGAAAAACUUAUUUGUUAUUCAUCUGGAAAGCCAGAGCACCAAAACAACUUUGUCACAGUCAGUAAAGCUGCUCUAUUCAUAUUUCAAUGA